AUUGUUUUUUUUUCCUUAGAGGUCGCUUGGUCGAUGUUCAAUUAGCAUUUUUUCACAUCAAAACACGUCUCGCGCCCCCCCACCGUUAAUAUUUAACAAAAAAAAAUGUAAAUAAUCACGUACCGCGAGAGGAAAUUAACGAGACGCGACCCUUCGGUUAUUUAUUAGUCAAAAAAAAACAACAAAAACGGAAAAUUCCCCAAUCCGAAACGACCGUUUCCAGAUGUGGAAGCAGCUGGAAAUGGGCCUGAGAGCGUUCCUGCUUAUCGCGUCCAGGAUAUGGACCUGCCUGUGCUUCACCAUAAGGAAACAAACUAGAGCCGUAAGUUGGUCUUUAAUUAAAAAUAAGGUAAUUCGGCACCAGUCAGUUAAAUACGAUUUAUUCCCGUUAUCUCCCUUAUCGAGGCAUAGAUUAAGCAUAGUGAAACGAAAAGUGCUGGUGCUAGACCUCGACGAGACCCUAAUCCAUUCCCACCAUGACGGGGUGGUGAGACAAACAGUGAGACCAGGGGUGCCCCCCGAUUUUGUCCUUAAGGUCACCAUAGACAGACACCCGGUGAGGUUUUUCGUGCACAAACGCCCCCACGUUGAUUUCUUUUUGGACAUCGUGUCCCAAUGGUACGAACUGGUGGUGUUCACCGCCAGCAUGGAAAUCUACGGGGCGGCGGUGGCGGACAAACUGGACGGGGGGCGGUGCAUCUUGCAACGGCGCUUCUAUCGGCAACACUGCACCCCCGACUUCGGGUCCUACACCAAAGACUUGAGCGCCAUCUGUAACGAUCUCAGUAGCGUGUUCAUUUUGGACAACAGUCCCGGGGCCUACAAGGCCUAUCCCGAUAACGCGAUUCCGAUAAAGUCCUGGUUCUCGGAUCCGAGCGACGUUGCCUUGUUGAACCUGCUGCCGGUGUUGGACGCCCUCAGGUUCACCGCGGACGUCCGCUCGGUGCUCAGCAGGAACCUGCACCUGCACCGCCUCUGUGGCGGCAACUUCGGGGUUUCGCCCCCAGGAGGCAGCGGCCGGCCCCGUACUCCCGAACAACAAUCGGCGGAGGCGGCGGUGACGCGGGUCGAAGAGGGCGGGGCGCGCGGUACCACGACCUCCUCCGGCGGACGUUCGGAUAAACGGUUCAAGUCCCGGAUACCGCAGCGCAUGUGCAAUUGACGCAAGUAGUGUUCGCUUGUUUUUUUGUUCAUUUGUUUUUUUUUUUCUGCAUCAACAGAGGGCGGAAGUUGAUCUUGAUGAUGAUGAUGAUGAUGUUAAUAAAUACGAAGAUGUUCAAUGGAAA